GGGUCGUACAGCAGUGUUUACUCGGUUGGUAUGAAGGGGCGUCGUGGCCCAAGAGUGUGUGGCUGUGCAUGCUUCUCUCAGAAAGUUUUGGCCAGGUGUGAGUGCUGCUUCAGACAGCAAGAGUCAUACACAUUGACAGGGCUCAGCGAUGCCUCUUUGCCUCCUGAUACACCUUCAACCUCCGUCUCCACUGAUGACCUCUCUCCGAUCUCACCCGGCAACCAUCAGCCUCUUUCCACUAGACAACCAUCUACCACACCACAGCGCUCCAUCAAGGCCCUCAAGAGAUGGUUGAGCAGCCCAGUUCGAAAGCUUAGUCUGGGCAGAGGUGGCAAGGGUCGGAGGUCAAAUGUCAUUCAGAGCCCAGACGGGUCAGCCUAUAUGUUUCUCCCGCUCUCAUCUACUCAAGGCCCAUUGAGCCCAACGGAGUCCAAAAAACUGCCCCGCUCCUACAGAUCUCUGGACUGUGCUGAACUUUCAGGGCCAGCAUCUCCUGACAGUCCCUAUUACCCAAGAUAUCUAAAUGAUCUCCUGCAGAGGCAUCAGUUUUGUGAUGUGCAUUCUGGGGAGAGAGUUCCCGACUUGACUGACGAGACACAUGUACAGUCGCAGAGCCCAGAGGAUGAUAAGCAGGAGAGAAGAACUGCUUUAGAGAAAAGCAUAUAUGUGCUGACAGAGCUGAUAGAAACAGAGAAGCUGUAUGUGGAAAAUCUGGGGCUUGUAGUGGAGGGUUAUAUGGCUACAAUGAAAAGUGUUGGGGUGCCCGAGUAUUUGGUGGGAAAGGAUAAAAUUGUGUUUGGGAACAUUCAUCAGAUCUAUGACUGGCACAAAGACUAUUUUCUUGGGGAGUUGGAGAAAUGUGUGAGGGAACCUGACCUGCUGGCACAACUGUUUAUCAAACAUGAGAAGCGGCUCAACAUGUAUGUGGUUUACUGUCAGAACAAGCCAAAGUCAGAGCACAUCGUCUCAGAGUACAUUGAAACCUAUUUUGAGGAACUGAGACAACAGCUGGGUCACAGACUGCAGCUAAAUGACCUGCUCAUCAAACCCGUUCAGAGAAUCAUGAAAUAUCAACUGCUGCUGAAGGACUUCUUGAAGUACUACACUAAAGCAGGCAGGCAAACAGAAGAUCUUGAGAGGGCAGUAGAGGUGAUGUCUUUUGUUCCAAAGCGAUGUAAUGACAUGAUGAAUCUUGGAAGACUACAGGGUUUUGAGGGUCAGCUUAGAGCACAAGGAAAACUCUUGCAGCAGGACACCUUCACAUUCAUUGAGAAUGAGAACAGCAUCCUCUCGCGUCCCAAAGAGAGACGGGUGUUCCUCUUCGAGCAACUUGUCAUCCUCAGUGAGCCAAUCGACCGCAAGAAAGGAUUUUCCCUGCCAGGAUACAUCUAUAAAAACAGCAUCAAGAUUAGUUAUUUGGGCAUUGAGGAUCAUUGCCCAGAGGACCCAUGUCGGAUGGUGUUGACAUCUCGUAAUAUUGAUGGAAGCAUGCAACGAUUCGUUCUUCGUGCAUCAUCUCCAGAAAUCAUAAUGACCUGGGCAAAUGACAUCAUACAGAUGCUGGAGACACAGCGCAACUUCUUAAACGCCCUGCAGUCUCCCAUUGAAUUCCAGAGGAAAGAAAUUAAAUCUCUCAGCCUGGGAAAGAACUUGACAACUUCACCCUCACUGAACUCUGGCCUGCAACCUUUUAGCUCUGCCUCCAUAGACCGCCAAGGUCUGCCCUGUCAGCGCUCCUGGAGUUCUUCACAACCUUCUAUGCCUCAUUGAAAGCUUUCUGUCAGUCCUGUGAAGGCAGUUUCUCAUCUUUCUCUUCCCUCAACUCAUACAGUGGCCCAUCUGUUACCCUCAUGAGAACAUUAUAAAGAGGUAAAGGAAGACUUAGUCCAUUUUUGAGUUAAUUAUGUCCGAUAAAAGACUGAAUUGAUUUAAUUAUCCAUUAAAACCGAAUUAUUCUUCUGACUGCCAUUUCAAUAUAAUAAUUCACACAAACAAACUGUAAAUCUAUCACAACCUUCAAUCUUUGACAAUGUUAACAAUUUGAGUA